UUACUAUUAUGCCCUUAGCGGCCGUGUAGUUUAUCCAUUUAUCCGGCUUUUCCACGCUGGUUUUCUUCUCUCUCCUCCUCCUGGUUGGAGCUUUUCCUCGGCAAUCAAACAAGAAGCGGGGGGGAAGAGGGGGAAAAUUCGACGUUUGGGUUUCUCUGUGUGUGUUGCUUGUGAUACGGAGCAAGUCUCGUGGUUUCGCUGAAGGAGGGAAUUGGUGGCGAUGUCGACGAUUUCUAUCCAUGGAACUGAGUUUCUUAGCUUCGCCCAUGGUGGAUCGCGAAGUUGCAGGCAGAGAUUCCGGAGAAUCUCCCGUUCUUGGAGGAUAAUGAACAAAACGAUGGAUUCGAGUUCCUCCGAUACAGCGAAGGGGGAGCUGUCUCUGUAUAUCUCAAGGCCGCCUUCGAUUCAACAAGCUGAUAAAUUGAUGCAAAACGAUUUAAGGUUCGAUCGUUUGCAGCCUGCAGAGCCUGGGAUUGAAGAGGGAAAAAGAUUCGAAUUCGGCAAAUUCGUGGCACGAGAAGCCGUUCUUGACGAAGAAUACUGGACAGCAGCAUGGCUGCGUGCCGAGAGUCAUUGGGAGCAUCGUGCCCAUGAAAGAUAUGCUGAUAACUUCAAAAGGAAAUUUGCAGAGCAGGAGUUCAAUGCCAUAAAGAGGAGGUGCAAAGGGCUGAAUGGACAAAAAUGUUCCUGUAUCGUCGCGGUAAGGAAGGAAGAAAAGAACAUCAAACGUACGGUGAUAAAAAGUGUGGUCGGGACGCUUGACUUGAGCAUCCGAGUUUUCUUGCAAGGAGAGACCUUUCCCGGGGAGAGGGUAAAAUCUCAACUGUUCUGCAGUAUUAGCAGAGAAGGAUCGAACAGGUAUGGCUACAUUGCUAAUCUGUGUGUAGCCAAGUCAGCACGCCGCCAGGGUAUUGCUUGCAACAUGUUACGUUUCGCAAUUGAAUCAGCCAGAUCCAGUGGAGUGGAACAAGUAUACGUUCACGUACACAGAAACAAUACGGCUGCAUGGGAACUAUACGAAAAGACGGGGUUUGAGAUUGUUGAAAGGCAACAACCUGCAGAAGGCGAUACAUACUUGCUCCGGUGUACGACAUAGAAGCUCGGUUCUCUGCCCUUACCCCUUUUUUUUCGGAAUCGGGCGAGAAAGAAUCACAAACUACUUAACUGGAGAAAGAAAUCAAACCCAGUUUGUGAUGCUGCCUAUUCAUGGAGGCUGCUGUACUAGCACAGGUACAUAUAUGCUGUUUCUGUAAGCAAAUUGCUUAUAACUUAGCCUUCCAUUUUUUUCUUGUCAUUGUAACCUAAUAUAGAUUAAGUGUCUUUCCUUCUUCCUUCAAUAGAAAUUCACUGCCAAGUGUGAAUUACUAUCUUCCCAUACCUUUUGAUCUAUGGUCUUGUGUAGAAUUAAACAAGUGUAUGUGUGUGUGUGUGUGUGUGUGUGUGUGUAGUGUAUAGAUGAAACACAUGUGCACAUAUCAAAAGGCAUGUGAUGAAAUACAUGAAAUAUAUUAUACUGUGCA